AUGCAGCUAUUCCAGACGAGGAACCCGCAAGCGACGUCGCAGUACAACCGGGAGAAGCUGACGGAUUUCGUCCGCAAGCUGGAGGAAGUGCUUUACCGAACGGCGAAUUCGAGGGAGGAGUAUGGCGAUUUCAGCACCCUGGAGCGACGACUGCAGCUUGCUGCUAGGCUCCUGUCUACCAGAACGCAACAGCAACAGCAGCAGCAGCAACAACAGCAGCAGCAGCAACAACAGCAGCAGCAACAACAGCAGCAGCAGCAACAACAACAACAGCAGCAGCAGCAGCAGCAGCAGCAGCAGCAGCAGCAGCAGCAGCAGCAGCAGCAGCAGCAGCAGCAGCAGCAGCAACAGCAGCAGCAGCCGCAGCAACAACAACAACCACAGCAGCAGCAGCAGCAGCAGCAGCAACAUCAGCAACAACCGCAACAACACACCGUGUUCGUUUGUGUGCUCUUCAACUUUGAUGUUUUCAUGGUUUCCUCCCUGUGGUUUCUUGCCCCCUCCCCCCCCCUCUCCCCCCCUCACUUCCCUCCUCCACCCCCUUGCCGCCUGCCAAUGCCAGGGUACCUGCCACCAGGCUCUUCCAUCCCUUCCGGCCCAGCAGGGGCGGGAGGGGCAGCGGAGCAGGCAGCGCGGGCGGGUGGCGCGUCUCUCAUGAUCCCCACGCCUGGCGGCCCCCCGGUGAUGGACGCUGGGGGCCUCACUGCGUCUGCUGCUCGCGACGGCGCCUCUGGUUGGGCUGGGGCAGCAGGGGGGCCGGGUGGGGCAGGUGGGGCUGUGGGGGACGGUGCUGCUGUGGCCGGGGCUGGUGCCGGUGCUGCUGGCGUGGGUGGUGCAGGUGGUGUGAUGGCGCAUCAGCAGCAGUCACGCCAGCAGCCGCAGCAGCACCCGCAGGUUAAGGGGAACGCGGGAUUUCCACAGCGGAUGCAGGGGGGAAAAGGGCCAGUGAUCUCACAGCAAGUGCAGCAGCAGCAGCAGCAGCAGCAGCCCUCUGGCUCAACACCCGGUUCUGGAGCAACAGGUUCAGUGUUGAAUGGCGUGCCUGAUAGUACUGGAGCUUCCGCCAAAGCUGCUGCAGGGGCAGGAGCAGCGGCAGGAGCAGGGGCAGGAGGAGGAGCAGCAGCAGGAGCUGGGGCAGGAGCAGGAGUGGAAUCAGGAGCGGGGACGGGAGCAGCGGGGGAUAUAGCAGCAGGAGGCGGAGCGAUCGACCCCCAGCGGGCCAUGCAGUACCAGCGGCAGCAGAAGUGGCUGCACACGCUGCGCCAUGCAUCGCGCUGCACUGCUGCCAACGGCUCCUGCAACGUGGGCGCGCACUGCCGUGUGUUCAGGGAGCUCUGGGCCCACUGCUCUCGUUGCAAGGACCCUGAGUGCGCUUACCCCCGCUGCGUCCCUUCCAGGAAGCUUCUCCACCACCACCAGAUUUGUCGAGAUCCCAAGUGCCCCGUGUGUGGGCCUGUGAGGCGCGCGUUUCAGCAGCAGAUGCUGGCAGCGAGGGCAAACGCAGCGGCUGCUGCUGCGGCAGCGGCUGCAGCUGCUGCUGCAGCUGCGGCUGCAGCGGCUGCUCCUGCCGAGGCUGCCGCUGAUGCUGCUGCUGGUGCUGGGAGUGAGCGACAGGAUGGGAAAGAGGCAGAGGCAGAAGCAGGUGCCACUGAUGGCCAAGUCACGACAGUGCCUGUGGCAGGUGGAGCGGUUACAGUGAAUGGCGACGCUUCCACGACUGCAGCUGGUGCAGGCGGGCAGGCAGACCACUCCACUCCUGUGCCUGUUGUCACCACAGGUACUGCUGUUAAGUCAGAAGCACCUGCACCUGAGGGCACAGCCACAGGCAAGGGGGCAUCUGCUAACGGAGCUUCGGCUCCUGGCGUUGCUCCUGCUGCCGCUCCUCUUUCAGGCACGCCGCUGGGUCCUGCUGCUGGGGCUGCAGCAGUUCCUGUGGAGAGGGCAGCGCAAGCUGCUGCGGCUGCCAGUGCUGCUAGAGCAGCAGGAGCAGCAGCGGCUUCAGGCUCAGCUGGUGCUGGGCCGGCCAUUACAGGGCAGAAGAGGCCGAACGAGGGAGCUAGGCGUGGGGAGGGCGGGGUGGCAGAGCCAGGGCGGGAGAAGGAGAAGGAGAAGGAGAAGGGGGCAGGGGCACAGCCACUGAAACGGGCGAAGCUGGAAGGCGGGGUGGCGGGUCUAAAGGCAACAGGUGGUGGGCCAAAGCGGAGCUCAGGUGUGAAGGCAGAGACUGGCAGCGCAGCAGCAGCAGCAGCAGCAGGAGGUACUGGUGCUGGUGGUGCUGGUGGUGGUGGUGGUGGUGGUGGUGGUGGUGGUGGUGGCGAGAAGGAGAAGCCAGAGAGGCCUGUUGGUGCCAAGGCAGGCAAGGCUGCUGGCAGCAAGAUGCAGGGAAGUGCCAACGGGGCUUUUUCAGGGAGAGCAGGCGCACAAGCUAAAGCUGCUGCUGCCGCUGCCGCUGCUGCUGGUAGUGCUGCAGUGAAGGCAGAGGGAGGGGUAGGGUCAGCAGGGGCAGGGGCAGGGCAGGUGAAGGCGGAGGGUAGGGCUGGGGCAGGUGUGUCUGGCGCAGGGGGUGCUGGUGGUGGCGCGGCGAGUGUGAAGGCAGAGCCUCGGACAGAAGAUAGCAAGGCGCUUGUCCCUGCAGGGGGGGCGGGAGCAGUCACCACCACAACAGCAGCCGCAGCAGCAGCAUCAGCAGCGGCAGCAGCUGCGGCGGCAGCAGCAGCGAACAACAAGAGCAUGAAGAACAAGGGCGUGGGCACGUCGCUAACCGAACUCUUCACGCCAGAAAUGAUCCGGCUGCACGUGCGGAGCCUGAGGCAGUGGGUGGGGCAGAGCAAGCAGAAGCAGGAGAAGCUGCAGGCAGCGCAGCAGUUACAGCAGCAGCAGCCUCGAGACUCUGACUGCCGGCUGUGCUCCGUGGAAAAGCUAUUUUUCGACCCGCCGCCCAUCUACUGCACGGCGUGUGGGCGCAGGAUUCAGAGGAACAAGGCGUAUUAUGCGACGGCGGGAGCGGGCGACCAGCGGCAGUGCGUGUGCAAUCGGUGCUUCGGGGACUUUCGGGGGGAUGCCAUCACGCUGGAGGGGCUCAGGCCGAUUCCCAAGGCUAGUCUCACCAAGAGGAUCAAUGAUGAGGAGACAGAGGAAGCGUGGGUACAAUGUGACACGUGUGACCGGUGGGUGCACCAGGUGUGUGCGCUGUUCAACGGGCGGCGCAACGAGGGCGAGGCGGAGUACACUUGUCCGCUGUGCUGCUGCGAGCAGAUGGAGCGAGGCCUCCGGGCGCCACUCCCGCCCUCCACUGUUCUCGGCGCCAGAGACCUGCCUCGCUCGCACCUCUCAGAUCAUCUAGAAGGGCGGCUGGCGAAGAGGCUGGCGCAGGAGAGGGAGGAGAGGGCGAGGCAGCAGAGGAAGAGACCAGAGGAGGUGGAAGGACCAGAGGAGCUGGUGAUCCGAGUGGUGUCAUCAGUGGACAAGAGGAUGGAGACGAAGCCACGCUUCCUCAACAUGUUCCCCGAUGGGGAAUACCCCAAGGAGUUCCCGUACAAGUCCAAGGUAGUGCUGCUGUUUCAGCGCAUAGAGGGCGUGGAGGUGUGUCUCUACGCCAUGUACGUGCAGGAGUUUGGUGCCGACUGCCUGCCGCCCAACCACCGCCGCAUCUACCUCUCCUAUCUCGACUCCAUCAAGUAUUUCCGCCCGGACGUGCGCACUGUCAACGGGGAGGCGCUGAGAACAUUCGUGUACCAUGAGAUUCUGAUCGGGUACCUGGAGUAUUCCAAGAUGCGUGGCUUCACGAGUUGCUACAUCUGGGCAUGCCCUCCGCUCAAGGGAGAAGACUACAUCCUCUACUGCCACCCCGAGAUCCAGAAGACGCCUCAACCCGUCAAGCUGCGCGAAUGGUACCUCACGAUGCUGCGCAAGGCCACCGCAGAGAGCAUAGUGGUGGAGGUGAGCAACCUGUACGACACAUUCUUCGUGCAGAUCGGCGAGUGCCGCGCGCUGCCCUCCGCUGCCCGCCUGCCGUACUUCGACGGGGACUACUGGCCGGGCGCCAUGGAGGACGAGCUGCAGAAGCUGCUGGAGGAGCGCGAGGAGGAGAAGGCCGGGGGAAAAGGGCCCAAGAAGGCCAAGAAGAGCAAGGCUUCAAGCAAGCGCGGGGGCGGAGGGGGGCGGGAUGAGGACCUGGGGACUCCGGCUUCCCUGGAUAAGCAACUGAUGAGCAAGCUGGGCAGCACGAUUCUACAGAUGAAGGAGGAUUUCAUAAUGGUGCACAUGCACUACUGCUGCUCGCACUGCAAGAAUUUCAUUAUCACCGGCAACAGAUGGGUCUGCUUACACCCGCACUGCAAGCACUUCAGCAUCUGCGACUCGUGUUUCAAGCAGGAGGAGCGGCGCAGCCCCGUCGACCGCCACCCCGUGCUGCUCAAAGAGGCUCACCAACUCGCACCUCGCCCCAUCGACCCGCUAGUCCCCAUGGAAACGAAGGACCCCGACGAGGUGGUGGAGUCUGAAUUCUUUGACACGCGGCAGGCCUUCCUCUCUCUGUGCCAGGGCAACCACUACCAGUACGACACGCUGCGCCGCGCCAAGCACUCCUCCCUCAUGGUGCUCUACCACCUGCACAACCCCACCGCGCCCGCCUUUGUCGUCACCUGCAACGCGUGCCAGCGGGACAUUGAGAACCGGCAAGGGUGGCGGUGCGAGCAGUGCCCGGACUAUGACGUGUGCGCCCAGUGCAAGGACACGUGUGGGCAUCCCCACCCGCUGGUGUCGCAUGCGAGCCAGCCGGAUAGGAACGCGCAGAGCCAGGAGGGGCGGCAGCAGCGCAUCAAGGAGGUGCGCAAGAUGCUCGAGCUCUUGGCCCACGCAGCAUCGUGCCGCCCCCAGCCAGGCACCGUAUGCACGUACCCCAAGUGCAGCAUGGUCAAGAUGCUGUUCCGUCACGGCACCAUCUGUACCGUGCGGUCGGCAGGGGGCUGCCAACACUGCAAGCGCAUGUGGGGGCUGCUGCACCUGCACGCACGCUCCUGCAAAGACAGCCUCUGCAAAGUGCCGCGCUGCAAGGAUCUCAAGGAGCAUUUCCGGCGGUCGGCGCAGCAGAUGGAGUCGAGGCGGCGCAAGGCGGUGCAGGAGAUGAUGCGACAGAGAGCAGCGGAGGCUGCUGGAGGGGCGCUCAAGAGAUGA